AUGAUCAACCCUUCAACCAAACGUUCUGCCUCUGAGCUGCCUGCCGCCCUCGUCUCCCCCGCUUCACAAUGCAUCCACAUCUCCAAGCCCUCCUCAGGCCAACCAACCUCCCUCGCUUCGCAUUGCAUCCACAUCUUCAAGCCCUUUUCAGGCCAACGAACAUCCAAGCUUCACCCGAUCGAGUUUCACCAGAUCUCAUCAUGA